AUGAAGUCGGGCCGUCUUUCAUCAGGCAUUUUGCCACUUGCCUCACUCUCACUCCUCUCGUAUGGCACACUCGUCUUGUCCAAUCUAGAUCCUCUCACAAACACAACAUCAACCAAUCCUUCUAGCAAGUUACUUCAUGAUUGCGAUUGCUUCACCAUCUCCGGGCCAGAUCCGGGCUACUAUCAACACUACAAGCUUUGGGACUUCCGCACGGUCUCGUUCGAUAGACGAAUCGAUUCGAUACUACCGCCACCUGGUGUCGGUGACUCAGACGACGAGGAAUUUGCAGAUGAGGAUGAUACCGAGUCUUUCGCCCACGAGGGAAAUGGCCAAUCCAUGUGGUUCUUCGAAACGACUUUCGACAAGGAUUGGAUGAGCCAGGAAUGGGACCGCCCAGGAAACUCCAGAGCCCCAGUGGACAUGAUCAACUCCAAGCGAAAUGUCUUCUUCACCAGAAACUACGAGCUGGACGAUCCCCAUGCAACAUACCUCGCUCUCCGCACCACACGCCACGAGCACUAUACCUCCACCGCAGAGAUUGAGACCCGAGUCCGCAACAUCUACCGCUGCUCUCUUCGCGUCAGACUUCGCAUCUUGCCAGCAAGUAUCUCUAUUUCGUCGCCAUCCAAUGUAUCAAACGACAGUUCCUGGCAACCUUCCAUUCCAGCCCUCAACAAUGUGCCGGGGUUGGUUGCCAACAGCACGACCGCGAGCACAGGGGAAAGACCUCAUCCCGGUGCCUGCGUCGGCAUCUUCACAUACCAUGCGCGAAACUGCGAGUCAGAUAUUGAAAUCCUAACCAGCGAUCCCUCCUACCGCGUCCGAUACGCAAAUCAACCCGACUACGACCCCGUCACCGACGAAAUGAUCCCCGGCGCAAGCACAGUCGCCGACCUACCCGUCCCUGGACCCAUUGGUCUACGCAUCGACUCGACUGGCUCAACGAUGCCUCACGCUGGUGGGCUGGUCAUCAACCUCUGGAGUGACGGCAGCGUCUGGACCGGCGACAUGGCGCUGGGCGAUAGCAUUCUCCUCGGAAUCGAAUAUAUCGAGCUUGCCUAUAAUCGGUCCUCGGAUGGGUCGUGGGGAAUCGAUAUCCCGCCCUCGCAGCGACAUGGUGGGCACCAGAAGCCGAAUGAUAGAGUGUCUAUUUCGGAUCUUGAGGAGCUGGAGGAAGAAUCGUGGGAGCCGGAUACGGAUUUGGUCAUUGGUAGCGCGAAGAAGAAAAAGAAGAAGUGCAAGAAGGGUCGCAAGGGCAUAAAGUGUAGGAAGAAGCUGGUCGGUCACCCUAGCCCUAAGCCCAAGAACCCGUCGCAUCAUGGUCCAAUGGAGCCGGCUUGUCGACGCCCCUGUUAUAUCGAUGGCGAGGACUUCAGACAUCAUGUUCUUGGUUGA